CAAGCGGCGAAGGAGGCGGCCGAGGCGGCGGACGCCAUGGCCCAGGCCAAGGCGAUGCGGCUCGAGCGCGAAGCCACCGCGCACGCGCCGCCGACGGCGCCCGUCUUGUCUGCGGCGCCGGUCCGCGCGGUCGCCGGCGAGUCGUUGCCGGCGAAGGUGCAUCGGGUCUGCGCUGCGCUCGAGCUGCCCGGCGACGGCGGGCUCGUUCGCCUCGUCCGGGAGGCCAACGCAGCUUUGGGCAUCGAGCCGACGGGCAACCUCGUACAGCAAACGGACCGGCUGUUGAUAGCACUCUUUGGCUGACACGCAUGGGCGCUCGAUGCGUGGUGCGCAAGCGAGCGCACGUGAGGGAGCGAGUGGCCGUCCCAGGGUGAACUUCGCCACAUACACAACGGUGCUGCCGCUGGAGGUAGGGCAAGGGCGGGCAACCUUCGCGGCCAUACACAGUACUCCGUCCUCCUGCGAUGCGGUGUGCAGUGGCAGAGUGGUCGUGCUCGUGUGGGUUCUCGAGAGAAUGUGUAUCAUCUGGCUUCCGGAAU